UGAGUCGCGGGUCAUCGUGGAGUACCUUACCUCGACGAAGUCUACAGCGCCACGGGCCCCCGCUUCCUCCCUGCCGACCCAUACGAGCGUGCCAUGGCGCGCUUCUGGGCCUCAUUCAUCGACGAAAAGUUCUUGGCGUCGUGGCUAAAGGCAGGAAGGGGCAAGACGGACGAGGAGAAGGCCGAUGGGUUGAAGCUGACACUCGCUGCUGUUGAAACCUUGGAAGGGGCGUUCAUGGAGUGCUCCAAGGGGAAGCCCUUCUUUGGAGGCGAUAGCGUCGGCUACCUGGACAUCGCGCUCGGCGCCCUGGUAGCGUGGAUGCGCGCCGCCGAGGCGCGUCAUGGUCUCAGGCUCUUCGACGCCUCCAGGAGUCCGCUGCUGGAGAAGUGGGUGGAGCGCUUCAGCGAGCUGGACGAGGUCGUGUUGGUCAUGCCGGACAUCGACCGGCUAGUAGAGCUCGGCAAGGUGAGGGAGGCUGCUGCGGCUGCAGCAGCUGCCGUAAACAGCUGAACGGAACGCGUCUCGCGGUAUUGAGGCGGUCAAUAAGAUGGAAAAAGAUCUUGAUACCUGUGUGUAACAAGCGAAUGGUGUAAUAAAGAAUACAAUUA